CAGGCUUUGUGCUUGAGCGAGAAAAGCAUCCAGUGAGCCUUUCUGAAUUGAUAGCCAUGAUUCAAUUGUGUGUAUACUUCGUAUCUUUUUGGAUAUUUGAUUUGUCCAUUUCUAUAGUGAACAACCAAUCAGUAAGGAGUGUAUAGACUGACUAAGCAUUGGACCGCCUUAGCUUUUUGUGGUUCGGACUUUCCAUGUCUUUCAUAGAGUAAGUUUAUACAGCUUUGAAGUUCAAUGGUAGCAUGUCUUUAGAAGCUCCUCUCUCUUCCGUACAAACCAGAGCCACCCAGGGUCCGGCACCCGGUGGAUUGGGGAGAGGUCUUUUCGCGUCAGAUAAUAUCAAUAUUGGAGAAGAUGUUCUACAUAUCACCAGUCCAUUUGUGGCUGUGUUGGAUACUCAGCGACUGGGUGAUACGUGCUCAGGAUGUCUUGGGAGCUACCACUUACAGCAGCGCUCUCCGACUUUGAAUCGCUGUGCUGGCUGUAAGGUGGUGAAGUAUUGUAAUAGGGCCUGUCAAACAAAAGAUUGGAAAUAUAUUCACUCUCUGGAGUGUCCGAUCUUUAAUAAUCUAAGUCCUCGCAUUUUGCCAAGCAAUGCUAGAGCCCUUCUGCGGAUAGUCCUGCGCAGUGGUCGUAAGAGGUACUCCGACGAGGAACUAGACCUCUUCUUUCAACUUGAGACUCAUAUCAAGGAAAUUCGCGAUCAAAACCCUGCCCAAUGGGAGCGUAUUGCCCUAACGUCUAAGGCAGUCAAGGCCUACUCUGGAACAGAUAUAAAAGAGGAAUUGAUAUCAACCUUCGGCGCCAAACUCGAAUUGAACUCAUUCAACCUCACCAACGCAUUCUACGACCGCAUUGGUCUCUAUAUACACCCUUACGCCGCCAUUCUCAACCACAACUGUAACUACAACGCUGUCGUCGGAUUCGAAGCCGAACAACUAUAUAUCAAAGCCAUCCGCCCGAUCCAAAAAGGCGAGCAAAUCUUCAUAUCCUACAUCGACACCACAAACCCGGUUCAUAUCCGCCGCAACCAACUCCGCGAGCGGUUCUACUUCGACUGCGAAUGUCCCAAAUGCCAGCAAGACCACCUUUCCAAACCAGACGAUAGCCCCCAAACGAGCCAUGCACAAAACCUCUCCGCCCUAAAAUCCGCAGAAAAGGAUGCCUACGAGUUUCUACACGAUUGCCCAGCAGCUUCGGACUUGGAUCCCAAGGAAACCGCCGCAAAACUUCAAUCUUAUAUCCGAUUCCUCUCACAGACUUACUCAUGGCCCGUCACCAGACAACCACUCGUUUCCCUCCGAGACGAACUCAUCGUUUCGCUGCUCUCGGCCAGUAAUAACAACUCCGCGCUCGUCCAGUCUGCGAUCCGAUAUCUCCGUAUCGACCCUAUUGUCUAUGAAGAUAAACGUCACCCCAUCCGUCAGCAGCACGCGUAUACAAUGGCUAAAGUAGCGCAUGCAGCUAUUGCUAUGAAUACCGAUAUGACUUUGCUGGCUUUGGUGCGGCCUCUGCUUACGCUGGAACCGAGGCUUAUUGCUUGGUCUGUUCUGAGUCGGCUUGUUGAGACGCAAUCUGAGGCCUGUACUGUGCCGAAGUUACAGUGUAUGAUUAGGUCGGAUUUUGAUGAUCUGAAUCGAUGGUUUGCACAGCACGGUAUGGACCCUACGAAGAGGGAGGAUGAUAUAUGGAACGAAUGGAAGAAGAUUGAACUGCUCGUGGAUGCGGCGCUGGGGGAGGGGUAUUGAUAUGGCGUGGCUUUGUUUUUGUUUCUCCUGGGGUAUGUAGAAUUGAUUUGGAUGCUGUGAAGCGCUACGACUUGUUUUGGCUAUGGGACACUACCUCCAGCAUAGUUUAUGGAGCAAGCUAUUUCCGCGUUGUAUCAAUAAGGAUUGAUGCAC